UCAAACGGGGUCCACAGGCAAAAGGAGAGUUUGAUUCUAGUGGAGAGAAAGCAGAACCUAGAGAGGCCAUGGAAGAAGAGCUGCAUCGGUGCCGCGGCCUCUCCUAGAAAUUUCCUAAUCCAUGACUUGCUUUGGCCUCCAAAUUCUCUUCCUUAUCCGGCAUUAGUGCGCAUUAGCAAAUUUCCUUUAAUUAAUCUUUCCCGCUCGGAAGACGUGAUUCUGGUUCCAAUCGAGUUCCAGUCACGCCCCAACAUUGAUAGCAGUUCUGUCCGACUUCCGAACAGAUCCUCCCUCCCUUCCCAAGAGUUCCAGAUCGAGAAGCCAAUCACUCCGAGUCUUGGGUUCAACCCAGCUCGGCGAUCUUAUCCUCCCUCCAGCUCCGACUCCGCCCGCCUGGAUCCCUAUUAAUACCACGCGGUUCUUGCCUCCGAUCCAUCAUACUCGCCGCAGUCCUUCUCCUCGAUUGCCGGAGGAAAAACGCCGCCUUUUCUCUUGCCAUUUUUGGCUCGCCCGGAUCUUGCUCGCGUCCCCUGCGCUUGUUCCUGUCCGGCUGCUGCUCGCGCUGUUGGAAAGGCCUGUCCUUUUCGCGGCCGCCUCUCGUGAUCUUUCUUUCUUGGAGCGGAGAAGGUGCCAUCUUUGGUCGCCAUGAACGCGCUCGCCGCCACCAGCCGCAACUUCCGGCAAGCCGCGAGGCUGCUCGGCCUCGACUCCAAGCUCGAGAAGAGUCUCCUGAUACCUUUCCGUGAGAUCAAGGUGGAAUGCUCCAUCCCCAAAGACGACGGCACCUUGGCGUCGUUCAUAGGUUUCCGCGUGCAGCAUGACAAUGCCCGCGGGCCGAUGAAAGGCGGUAUCCGCUAUCACCCUGAGGUUGAUCCAGAUGAAGUAAACGCACUUGCUCAACUGAUGACAUGGAAGACAGCAGUUGCAGCAAUACCAUAUGGUGGAGCAAAGGGAGGGAUUGGAUGCUCUCCUGGUGAACUAAGUAAAAGUGAGUUAGAGCGGUUGACACGUGUAUUUACACAGAAGAUUCAUGAUCUUAUUGGAACUCAUACGGAUAUUCCAGCUCCAGACAUGGGGACGAAUGCACAGACCAUGGCAUGGAUUUUAGAUGAGUAUUCAAAAUUCCAUGGUCAUUCCCCAGCAGUUGUGACAGGGAAACCAAUAGAUCUUGGUGGAUCAUUAGGCAGAGAUGCUGCCACAGGACGAGGCGUGAUGUAUGCUACUGAGGCUCUCCUGGCUGAAUAUGGGAAGUCCAUUCCUGAAUCAACUUUUGUUAUUCAGGGUUUUGGUAAUGUUGGUUCAUGGGCUGCACAACUUAUCCAUGAGAAGGGUGGUAAGAUAAUUGCACUUGGAGAUGUGACAGGCUCAAUCAGAAGCAAUGCUGGCAUAGACAUACCUGCUUUGAUGAAGCACAGAAAUGAGGGUGGUGCUUUGAAAGACUUCCAUGGUGCAGAGGUUAUGGAUUCUUCUGAGUUGCUUGUGCAUGAAUGUGAUGUUCUUAUCCCAUGUGCCUUAGGUGGAGUCCUUAACAGGGAAAAUGCGCCACACGUGAAGGCCAAAUUUAUAAUUGAAGCUGCUAACCAUCCAACUGAUCCAGAGGCAGAUGAGAUUCUUGCCAAGAAGGGUGUGACUGUAUUGCCUGAUAUCUAUGCUAAUUCUGGUGGUGUGAUCGUUAGCUACUUUGAGUGGGUUCAGAACAUUCAAGGGUUCAUGUGGGAUGAAGAGAAAGUGAACAAUGAACUCCAGAAGUAUAUGGGCAGCGCGUUUCAUCACAUCAAGGCCAUGUGCAAGUCUCAAGAUUGCAACCUUAGGAUGGGGGCAUUCACCUUAGGGGUUAACCGGGUCGCCCGUGCCACCCUGUUGAGGGGCUGGGAGGCAUGAGACCAUUAACAACACAUUCCCGAUUCGACAUUCAAUAAUUUGUGUCCAACAAUAUUGAAUGACCUGGUAAAUUAAUCAUAAUUCGCUGGCAUGGGAGGAGUCCAGUUGAAAUAAUAUUCUGGGUAAAUGACAAAUGUGUUGUGUUUAUUCUCUUUUUCACUGUUACACUGUGCUAGGUUGCCAUUGCCAAUGGUAGUUAUCGAGGUCUUGGUGAUGAUUAUUGACAAAUUGGUUGAGGCACUUCGAUGCUUCACCAAGGUGGUUGCAUUUUGAUGUUUCAGAAA